AUGCUAACGCCCUGCCCGUUCCCCGUCUUCAACGUCCCCCCAAAUGGCUCCCUCGAGGCAGCCCCGCAACCGUAUGCAAAGGAUGAGAAAGUGCUAUGCUUCCACCAUGAAAUGCUCUACGAGGCCAAGAUCCUCGACGUGACCCGCACCGAGGAUGGCGAAGGCUACCAGUAUAAAAUCCACUACAAGGGCUGGAAAGCCACUUGGGAUGACUGGGUACCCGUCGACCGCAUCCGCAAGUACAAUCCUGAGAAUGUCGAGCUCGCGAGCCAGCUCACCUCUCAGAUGAAGAACCUCACCCAAAAGUCCACCAAGCAGGUCAAGAAGGGCGGCAAGGUCAACGCCGCUGUCACUGCUGUCGAGUCGGCCAGGGGAGCGAAGAACGCGGCGGCGCUGGGACGACUACCCAGGGUGGUAGGGGCCCCAGGCGCGCGAGGGACUAUGAACUUGAACAUGCCAUCCAUCAAACUCCCCAUUCCGGACCACAUCAAGGCUGUGCUCGUGGACGACUGGGAAAAUAUCACCAAGAAUAACCAGCUUGUUCCCGUCCCCCAUCCCCACCCCGUCAACCAAAUCAUCGAUGAUUACCUCAACUACGAGAGGCCGCACCGUGAGGAAGGUUCCGCCCUCGCCGACAUCCUCGAGGAGACCUUUGCUGGCUUGAGGGAAUACUUUGAGCGGUCUCUGCCUAGGAUCCUUCUUUACAGGUUUGAGCGAGUGCAAUACCACGAGAUCCGGGAAAUCAUGCAAAAGGCAAAGGAUGACGAGCCAAAGACCGUUUCCGAUGCUUACGGUGCCGAGCACCUGUGCCGUCUUCUUGCCCAGACCAACAUGGAUCACCAAUCAGUCUCUCGUCUCCGCGACGAACUACUAAAAUUCACGACUUGGCUCGGCAAAAACUCCUCCAAGUACUUUGUCUCCGAGUAUGAGACUCCAUCCCAGGAAUACGUGGAGAAGACAAAGUUCUAA